AAGCUAUCAUUUCUGACCAGGUCGCUUCUUUAAAAUAGCUAUGUUGCUCAGUGGACCUUACCUGGUAAAAUAAAGAGUUUUAUCGGGUUCCCGAUGCGAAUGGAUGGCGAGGGGUCCCGGUAUUGAGGGGUCUCCGUCCAGCGCGUGGAUUCGCUCAGUCGAGCCGCGAGCUUUACUGGCUGAUGUAAUCCACCCUGGAAGUGGUGUCCCCCACGCUGCUCGGUAGCAAAAGCGCCCAGCAACGCUGGGCGCUUUGAAGGGCGCGGGUUCGUUGGGCCAUGACCACGAGCCUCGGGCUCGUGCUGGGUGUAGUGUCCCUGGAUGAGUAUCACGCAGAUCGAGCGCCGUUCGUCUCUGCCGGGUGUCACGCUCGGGGCAUCAUCGCUAUCAUCAUCAUAUGCGUGCUGCUGGGUGCUUUGCUGGGCGCAAACCCCGCGCUCUCCCUGCCCAUCUCUCCCUGCUUCACGGGCCGCCGCUGCGCUGCAAUGCCGUUCAUCGGGUUUCUCCGCUGCUGCUCAGCCUCCGCCUUUGUUGUGCUUGGUAUUUGGAUGCCUUAACCGCACAUGGAUUCCCGCGUUUGGCGUCAGAGCGACGGGGGCGGCGGCACCGGCGGGGGCCGCACGAUCGUGCGCCACCCGCGCCUCCUGCAGCAGCAAGCGCCCGAUGAGCCGCUCGCCGCGUCGCCGCACUCGCUCGUCCUCUCGCUCGACCAGAUCAAGGCUAUCCGUGCCAACAACGACUACUCGGAGCCGCCCACCGUCGUGCGCUCCAACAAGCCCCCCCACUGGGGGGGCGGCGGGGGCGCCGUCUCCUCCUCCUCGUCGUCGUCGCCGCAGCAGCACAAGGAGCGUACGCACGAGCGGCUGCCGAGCGGCGAGACGCCGCAGGGUGCCGCCGCGCACAAGGCCGCGCCGCCACCCCGCGGCGGUGGCGGCGCCCAGCAGCCGCCCCCCGUGCCCAGUCGCUCGGCCAGCGGCGGCAGCACCGCGUCGCGGACCAGCGCGGGCAGCGCCGGCUCGGAGCGGCGCCUGCUGGGGGGCGGCGGGGGAGCGCAGCACCGGCAGGGGCCCCCCUGGGAGGGAAUCGUCGUGCGCAGUCAGCCGCGAGCCGCUGCGCCGGCCCGCGGGACGACCGAGCCGAAACGGGAGCAGCGCCAACACCGUCAUGGGCACCAGCAGCGGCACGGCAAGGACGGGGGCGACCAGAAGUGCAAGGCGGGCGAGGAGGGCGGUGGCGGCAAGGAGCCGUGCCCCGAGUGGGGCCAGCACGCGUGCAUCUGCGAGCGGUGCGGGCGCUGCAAGUGCGGCGAGUGCGUGGCUCCGCGCGCGCUGCCCGCGUGCUGGCUGUGCGAGAAGCGCUGCCUGUGCUCGGCGGACGCGCUGCUCGAGUCGUGCACGUGCCUGUGCUGCGUCAAGGCGCUCUUCUACCACUGCUCGGACUACGGCGACGGCGACUCGAGCGACUCGUGGGCCGACAAGCCGUGCGCCGGCUGCAGCCAGUCGCGCUGUGGCCUGCGCUGGGCCAGCAUGGCGGCGCUCUCGCUGUGCCUGCCGUGCCUGCUGUGCUACCCGCCGGCGCGCGGGGCUCUCAAGCUGUGCCGCGCGGGGUACGACCGCCUCACGCGGCCCGGCUGCCGCUGCGAGAGCAGCAACUCGGUGCGCUGCAAGCCUCCGGAGGUGCCCCCCCGUAAGCCCAUCUGACUGCCCUCCCAAACUCUCGCCCACGCGACGAUGACCGCCGCCGCUGCCUCCUCACCUUCCUCCCUUCUUCCCGCGUCGCUCCGGGAUGUACGAGCCCUCGCGUAUCGGCGACCAUGAUGGCGGCGACGAUGGCGACUAUAAUAUUAAUAACAAAUAUUAAUAAUAAUAUUAAUAACGUUGGUGAUGAUGAUGAUGAUAUAACCACUGGCCCCCAUGUGGGCAAGACGGGGGAAACACGUGCCCCCAAUGACUGGCGCCAAAAGUGGACCUGGGAACCCCCGGCGUGGGAAUGUGGAGUUGGGGUCGGACGUGGUGAAUCCUCCACGCCGCGGCUCUCGGAGACCGCGUGACCGGACCUGGCGUUUGCGCCGAACCUGGAUGAGCGGAACGUGAGAUGGAAUCGGGACCCAGGGAGCCAACCGUGCAAGAGAAGCUGGAUUGG